CGUCACCAAAUCUAUCAAGCUGGUUCCGUUCCGCGGCGAGAGUUUUAUUUACUAUUCCCCAACUAUUCGCCAAAAUAACACUCAUUUAUGACACUUGGUUAAUUUCUCCUCUCCUCAGAAAUAUUCUUUUCAACUUGAGCGAGGCAGUAUCAUAUAGCAACAAUGUCGCCGAAGACUAUGAAAGCGGUGGUGUUUGAUGGGCCGCAUAAGGUUUCGUUGCAGGAGAGGCCGAUUCCCGAGGUCCAGGCGCCGACGGAUAUUGUGGUUGCGGUUUCGUAUACUGCGCUUUGCGGGUCGGAGCUCCAUGUGUUUCGCGGUCACCAGCCCAGCCCUACAGGCUUUAUCAUGGGCCAUGAGUUCACGGGUGUGGUCGCAGAGGUAGGCAGUGAAGUUAAAACCGUCAAGGUGGGCGACAAGGUCGUCGCACCAUUCACAGUAUCUUGCUCAGAAUGCUUCUACUGCAAAAACGGCUUCUCAUCCCGCUGCGAAAAGUCCCUCCUCUUCGGCUCCGCAGCCCUAGACGGCGCACAGGCAGAGUACGUCCGGGUUCCCUAUGCGGACGGCACGGUCGUCAAAGCUCCCGCAGAGAUCGACGACAAGGUUCUCGUCAUGAUGGCUGACAUCUUCCCAACUGGUUUCUUCGGCGCCUCCAACGCCUUCAAGAACCUCACUCCAGCGCAGAUUGCCGAAUCGACAGCUGUGGUUAUCGGAUGCGGACCCGUGGGUCUCUGUGCUAUUAUCGCGGCGGCUAGCUUUGGGCCGAAACAUAUAUUUGCUGUGGAUGGGGUUGAGAGCCGUCUUGAGCUCGCGAAGAGUCUGGGUGCUGAGCCGCUGAAUUUUAUGACUGAUAAGGAGGGGAUGCAUGAGAAGAUCAAGGCUGCGACGGGCGGGAGGGGCGCGGAUGUUGUGAUUGAGGUUGUUGGGUUGACGCCGGCGCUGAAGACGGGGUUUGAUCUCUUGAGGCCGUGGGGUACGAUUAGUAGCAUUGGGGUGCACAAUGCUGAGAUUCCGUGGGAUGGCAACCAGGCUUAUGGAAAGAACUUGACUGUUCAGAUGGGAAGAUGCCCUGUCCGAUCUAUAUUCCCGGAAGCUCUUAAGCUGCUCCAAGAGAAGCAGCACCUUCUUGGGUUCAUGUUCGACAAAAUUAUGCCCUUAUCGGAUGCCGUAGAGGGGUACGAAAUUUUCGAUAAGAUGCAGGCGCAGAAGGUUGUAUUCAAGGUGGGAUCCGCCGAGUAAGG